AUAAAUAUAUCAGUGUGUAGCGUACUUUGUGAAAUCAUAAAUUCUUGCGUGUCCAUUUGAUUUUUAAGAUGCCUCGAAAACAAGAUGUGCAUUGUUGAAGUUGGGGCCCAAUGUAGAAUCACAGACGCUUUUGUUCGGGGCUCCCCGUCCCUGGAUGUCCUGCUGUCGAUCAAGAGGCAGGGGUCCGCCCCCAUCGGCCCUUCACUGCUGCAGCUGCUGCUCCUCUCAAUCUGUGCUGGCGAGGCCGAGGGAGCUGCAGCUUCACUGUUAAACCCGGCCUACAAACGCUUAUGACGCUCACCAUCACAGAACACGAACAACACGAGGUAAGUCUAAGUGUAUUGCGACGUGCGACUUAAAUACAGUAUAUAUUAUUUAGUCGCACCGCUUCAGAUGAUCUCGAUCCGCGAUGGUUAAACGCGCGGUCGAUUUCGAAAAGUGGCUUGUUUGCGGAAGUGAGCGUGCGGUUCAUGUUUAGCCGCUCCUGUUAUUUGCAUGUCAUGUAUGUGUGUAUCCAAAAUAUAUUUCACUCUCCCGUGUAUUUUGUCGACACGGUAAGGGUUUGGAAAAGUUGCAGAUGCUGUUUGGGUUGACCAUAAACAAGGCGAAGUUGACUAGCCAGCGGACCCGUUUGAAAAAUCAAAAUGGCUUCCAUCUUUGUCGUCUCGGAAGAGAGGUUUAUACCUUUGUUUCCCCGUCUCGCAUGUCAGGGAGUCUUGCUGGGAUGUCACCCAUGCUUCAGGCUCCUGUAACCCUGGUUGGCUGGCCACGGAGACAGGGAGUCCUCGUCUCAGUACUGUGGCUCUCCACAUUAGACUUUCUCUUUGGGGCUAAAACAUGUUCUCCAAGGGCACCAAGCGUAAGUUUUCCGAUAGUGAUGAAGAGACAUCCGACGAAAACCUGGUAGGUGCCAGGGUGGCAUCUUCAUACAGCUUGCAACGGCAGUCACUGCUGGACAUGUCCCUCAUUAAGCUGCAGUUAUGCCACAUGCUGGUGGAGCCCAACCUCUGCCGCUCGGUUCUCAUUGCCAACACGGUCAGGCAGAUUCAGGAGGAGAUGACCCAUGAUGGCAGCUGGCAUAUGGUUGCCGAAGCAUUCUGCAGUGCAGGCCAAAGUCCCUCUGAGCGCUUGGUGGCCACUGAGGUCCUUUGUAGAUCAAGAGAGCAGGAUGCAGAACCUAAGCUCUUCUCUGUCAUCAGCUAUGAAGGUUGCCGUGAAGAGGAGGUGGUAGCUGAUGAGACGCUCUGCUCAGUUUCAGUUAGCGAUACAGUCUCCAAUGUGUGCCUGACAGGGCGUAUGGGCCAGUGCUGGGAGAAGAGUGAGCUCAGAGGUGUAGAGAGGGAUGAAGAGGUCCUUGAAGACUCUAGUCUUGGUUCUGGAGAAGAUGACGAGUUAGACACAGAGGACGAGGCUUCCACAGAGAGUCCAAAGACCAUUGGGCAAGUGUUUGGUACAUUUGAAAUAAAAAACAGUUCCCCAGGGCCAGACUCUGCUCUUGAGGAGCUGUUCUCAGAUGUGGACACCUCCUACUAUGAUCUGGACACCAUGCUGACCGGCAUACAGAGCGCACCCAAGAUGGGCCCUUAUGACCUCCUUGACAGCUUGGCACCUUCACAUAGUUCCCCUUCAAUAGUGUCCACCCCAAACUGUCGUUCUGAUCUAAAUGAACUGGAUCACAUAAUGGAAAUCAUUGUGGGUUCAUAGGCUCAAACUUAUUCAGAGACUUACACACUUGUCUUAAAGUUACUGGCUUUUCUGUUCCUUAUGGAAAGCAAGUAAAGUCUGGAGUCCUUUCAGGGAAAAGAGUUGAUAUCUUUUGAAGGAUGGCCUUGAUUUUAUGAGCUGACCAUAGUCCUCUUAUUUGCAUACCCUUUGUAUGUUUUAAUGUUUUUUUUCUCUGUAUUUGUCUGUCCAGACAUGCUGUUUUUUUAUUUAAUUUAUUUGUUAUACUCAUGACACUAUGGAGAGCAGAACAAGAUGUAUAAAAAAGUUGUAAAGUUUGGGAUAUUUUCAUAAGGAGGAAAAAAUAUUGUCUUAAUGUAUAUAAAUAUAUUUUUUACAAUAGAUUCUUCUUGUAAUAUGUCACUGUACAUUAUGUACAUGUUCUACAAAAUUUUAACCCAAGAUAUUAGAUUCUUAUGUGCAACAACUCAAGUUUUCUGUUUAUCAUAAUCCAUAAACUGAAGGAACUUAAUUCAGUACUACAGCAUACAGAAGGCACCAAGUAUACAGUGAUGCAUGUUUUACAUUUAUGUGCUCAUUUGCACAAAGUAUUUUUUUUUUUUUUUAAUCAAGGUUUGAUUGCAGUUGGCUGUUCAGCUCAGCCUUAGGUUAUGUUUGCUGUUAAACAUCAAAGUUAUUUUAUUUUGUCUUAUCAACAAAUGAAGUAUAAUGGGGCCAACUCAUUUUAUAUUGUGACUUAAUUUAUUUAAUUUAUUUUCUGCAAAUGGUGAGUUUUGGCCGUGGUCAAGCUCAGGGUGGCUUUUUAACUCUAGAGGACUUAAUAGGCCUGAUUCACAAAUGCCUUUUGCUCAUUGUAAAUCAGUCACAGAAUUAGUGCUUUAAGUUUUUUUUGCAUCAAUUAUUGGUUAAUUUGUUUUAAAUUGGUUGAACUGUUUUAGUGAAUGGCUCAAGUAUAUCUGUCUAUUAGUCCUCUAGACCCCACAUAAUGAGAAGGCAUUUUGUCUAGUUCUACGCAUUGAGUGUCAUAACACACUUUAUACGCAUUAAGUGUUUAAAAUGCAUUUAUUACAGUAUUCUUUUUUUUUUUUUUUUUUUUUACAAUUAAGUAUCAGUCAACAAGAGACGGUUUUAUUUUGCUCAACAUUUCCCCCUCAGUUGUUACAUACGUAUAUAUUAUUUGGUUUUAUCUAAAGUAAACUUUUGCAUAAAUAUUUGUGCAAAAUUAUAGGUUAUUACACUUUGAUAAUUGUUUUCUUCUUCAUUGUCUCACACACUUAAAUUCGAAGAGGAUGUUGUUUAUUGUAUGAUCCUAAACUAGUAUAGAGUAUAAACCUUUUAUAUGAGCACUGUAGCUUUUUUAACGUUUUUUAAUAAAAGUUACAACUUAUGAAAACAA